CAUCAUUAUCACAGGCCCAACUCAUUCCUUAAGCGGGUUGUCGGUCUCAAUCCUGCGAAGAACAAAUCUUUGAUUUUUUAACGAAUCAAAGAAUCUAUCUCGUCGUAAUCUGUAAACAAAGAAUCAUCAAAUUAAAUGUUAUUAGCAGAAUCCGCGGUUAAGGUUUCUUGAAUUUCUGAGUAUCGGCGAUUGGUUUACGCGUUUACAGCCACACGUCUAAUUAUUUCAAGAUCAUCGAGAUUUAUACAUUUAUAUCAAGACCCAAGUUUCAAAUUUCUGUAAAAUCACUAUCAGUUUGACCCUUCAAUCAAAUUGGCAACACAUUGAGUGAUUGCAGGUUUAAGUCUAUUGGAAGUUUGCAUUUGAUUAGAUAUGGUGAAGCACACAGAGUACUAUGACAUAUUGGGGGUUGCUGUAACCGCGACUCCUGCUGAAAUUAAGAAAGCUUACUAUCUCAAGGCAAGGACUACACAUCCAGACAAGAAUCCUGGGGACCCAAAAGCUGCUCGUAAUUUCCAGGUCCUUGGGGAGGCUUAUCAGGUGCUGAGUGAUCCUGAGAAACGUGAACUUUAUGACAAAUAUGGUAAAGAAGAUAUGCCUAAGGAUCUGAUGCACCCUGCAACUGUAUUUGGGAUGCUGUUUGGGAGCGAUGUAUUUGUUGAUUAUGUCGGGGAACUUAGAUUGGCUUCCAUACAAACUGUUGAAGAUGAAGAGGACGAAGUUGUUCCUGAGCUUCGUAGGCAGAACAUUCAGGAGAAAUUGAAGAAAUUGCAAAAGGAAAGGGUAGAGAAGCUCACGACAAUUUUAAAAGAACAUCUUCAGCCAUAUGUAGAAGGCCGGAAGGAUGAGUUCUUACAAUGGGCACAAUCAGAAGCGCAACAUCUUGCUCAAGCUGCUUUUGGUGAGGCUAUGCUGCAUACUAUUGGCUAUAUCUACACAAGGCAAGCAGCCAGAGAAAUUGGGAAAACUAAAAGAUUCAUGAAGGUGCCAUUUUUGGCAGAAUGGGUAAGGGACAAAGGACACCUAAUAAAAUCACAAGCAAUGGCGGCUUCAGGGGCUGUUUCUUUACUUCAAAUACAAGAAGAGCAAAAGAAGUACCAUGAGGAGAACAAAGUAGAGGAUGCAAUCAAAACAAUGGAAGAAAAGAAAGAUAUCAUGAUUAAAUCACUGUGGCAAAUUAACGUCGUGGAUAUUGAGUUAACUUUAUCGCGUGUUUGCCAAGCGGUCCUUAAAGAGCCCAAUGUUCCUAAGGAUACUGUCAGGCUACGUGCUAGGGCCAUGAAAAAACUGGGGACAAUUUUUCAGGGUGCGAAACCAAUGUACAGAAGAGAUAGCAGUUUGCGCAGUGAAAACACAGACAUGGUUGAUAGUGGUCCAUCCUCUAAAUGAAAAGUAAUUUUCGCGGUAUUUUUGGUGUAGAGAGACUUAUAACAGCUGUAUCUGUGCUCGGGAUUUGUUCAAUGUUGUGUUAUUACAUUUAGGUAUCUCUCUCUUCUUCAGAAACAGUUUGAACCUUCUGUGACCAAAAUCUCAAUUUUUUGACAUAUUUCUUGUGAAAACAUCCAUUCGUGUAGACUGUAUCUCUUUAUUCUUCAUGAUGUUGACCACAUUUCUGAUUCGUAUUUGCAUUUCAAUGUACUGGUUUUUUUAUAUGAGUAGGGGAGCGUGAUGAGAUUAGAUCGA